AUGUUGCUGCCAUUGCUGGGCGCUUGUGCCCUGGUGGGGCCAUUCCAGGGCUCUGAGUGGGAGCCAGUGCGGGGCCUGAUCUCCCAGGAUCGCAGCUGCAGGGACCUUCGGUGCUGCGGUAACCUGCUCAUCCUCUGCCUGUUUCUGAUCUGGCAGGUCCAGCACUUUUGGUGUCUAGUUACCAGGACCCGCCCCAGCAUGAGGAAGGCCAUCAAGGUGCCAUCACAGAAGUGGACAGUGUCUUCUAUGAGACGUGCCACUUUCUUCAGACUGGCUCCUGAAUCCUUCAUCAGUUCCGGCAAGCUCAGGGGCCUGGAUGCUCAUAUCCAACUAUGGGCACAAAAGCAGAGAUGGGGAUACCGGAGGAGCCUCCAAGAGUCAUGGGCCCGACACUUGCAAUCCUGGCAGCGCCGGGAUCAGGGCCCGUCUUGGGAUGUCCACAACCCUUCUGAGCCCAUCUUUUGCACUGCCUCCUUUUCACACACAUGCCUACUAUCUCAGAACAGUUCCUGGGGAGCACGGCAGGUACCCUGGCGUCUCAGGGGUAGCCAGACUAAUGUGAUUUGCAAGCCACUGUUGCCUGCCCCAGAGACAUGCCAAAGAGUGGAGCAACCAUUGGUCCACUCCCAGGAAGAGUUGGUGCCUCGGGAGCCUGUUGUCAGCGUAAAGUCCUACCCCACCUCCAUGACCUUAGCCUCCUCUCUGUCAAACCUCCCUUCAACUCGGAGGCUGCAGUUCUGCUCUGGAGAGUUCCUGCCUGCUCCUUCCAACCAGCAACUGGAAAUACCCACCUGGAAGUCCCAGGGCUGCCUGCAAGAGGCUUGGGCACCAGGGAGGGAGAACCAGGAACUAAGCAGAGGAGAGGAUAGUAGAGAGACCCAGGCUCCAGGGUUAGGGAACCAGAGAGAGAGCAGAGGGGAUGGUGCUAGAGAAACCCAAGCAUCUGGGAGGCAACUCCCAAUAGACUUUGGAAUGGAGGAUGAUGCAGGGACUGAGGUUCUGGGAUGGGGUAACCAGAGCCUAAUAGUAAGUGAAACUGAUAGAGAGAUCCCACCACCAGGGUGGCAGAACCAGGACCACAUAGGAGGUGAGAAUAGAACUGAAAUUCAGGAACUAGGGAGGGAGUUCCUGGAAGGAACUGAAGGGAGGGAGGCUGAAAUCCAGGCACAUAGGAGAGAGAAUCAGGAACAGUUAAGAUGUAAAAUUGAUGUAGAGACCCAAACCUCAGAGUGUAGGAAUCAAGAUAAGAGCAGAGGUGAGGAUGCUGUGGAGACCCAGGCAUUUGAGAGGAAGAACAAGAAAGAGGCCAGAGGGGAGGAUGAACGAAAGACCCAGGCUCAAGGAUUGGGGGUGCAGGACCAGACUGGGGGAGAGGAUGGUGCAGAAAUUGAGGCAGAAGAGAGGAUCAAUAAGGACCAGUUUGGAGGUGAGGAUGCUGUGCAAAUCCAGACACCUGGGAGAGAGAUCCUGGGAGAGGUCGAAGAAGAGGCUGGCUUAGAAAUCCAGGCCCUGGAAUGGAGGAAACAGGCAUGGGUAGGAAGUGAGAAUGUUACAGAGAUCCAGACACCAGGGUGGGAGAACCAUGGUCAGGAUGGAAGUGAGAAAACUGUGGAGGCCCAAACAUUUAGGGGAGCGAACCAGAUACAAUUAAGACAUGAAAUUCAAGUGGGGUGGGGAAACCAAGACCUGGGAAGAAAUGAGGAUGCCAGGGAAACCCAGAUAUCUAGGAGGAAGAACCUCAGAGAGAUAAGGGAAGAGGACUGGGUGGUGCUCCAGACAUCAUGGUGGGGAAACCAGAGCUUAGUAGCAAGUGAAGUUGAUAGAGAACUUAAGAUACCAUAUUGGGGGAAUCAAAACCAGAUUGGAGGUGAACAUGGAGCAGAAAUUCAGGCAUCAGAGAGAUACCAGAGUGAAGAUGGAGAUGAAGAUGGCAUAAAUACCCUUGCAUUUGAGGCAGAGAACCAGAGGCAGUUAAGAGGGGAAAACGAUGGCAAGACCCAUCCACCAGGGUGGAGGAACCAGGACCAACUUGGAGGUGGGAAUGGUGCAGACAUUCAGGCAUCAGGGAAGAGAACCCUGAGAGAGGUUAGAGGUGAGGAUGGAAAAGAGACACAGGAACUCAGAGAAGAAAACCAGAGUCAAUUAAGAAGUGGAAUUAAUGGAAAAAUUCACACACCAAAGUGGAAGGAACAAGAACAUAUUCAAUAUAAACUUGGCGCAAAUACCCAGGCACUUGAGGCAGAGAACUGGGAAAUAUUAAGUAAAAUUGGUGGAGGAACCCAUUCAGCGCAGUGGCAGGUAGAGGAGCAGAUUGGAGGUGAGAAUGGUGCAGAAAAUCAAGCCCCAAUGAAGAGAAGCCAGAGAGAAACUGGAGGUGAGAAUGGUACAGAGCCCUGGGCACCUGGGGAAGAAAACCAGAGUCAGUUAUGGAGUGAUAUGGAUAGAAAAACACAUUUAUCAGAGUGGAAGAACCGGGAGCAGAAUGGAGAUGAGAGUGGAACAGAAACUCAGGCACCAGAGAAGAGCAAAAACAGAGAAGCUAGAGGUGAGGAUGGUGUAGAAACCCAGAGACCUGAGACAGAGUACCAGGGACAGUUAGAGAGUGACAUUUAUGGAGAGACCCACUCCCUGGAGAAACAGACUAGAGGUGAGAACAGUACAGGAAAUCAGGCAUCAGAGAAGAGAAGCCAGAGAGAGGUUGGAAGGGAAGGUGGUACAAAGACUCAGAUUCUUGGGGGAGAGAAGCCGAGACUGUUAAGAAGUAAAGUUAAUGGAAAGACCUGUUCAUUAGAGUGGAAGAGCAAGAAGCUGGUUGGAGGGAAGGAUGGUGCAGAAAUUCAAAUACAAGGGAAGAAAAACCCAAGAGGGACUGGAGGUGCUGAUGGUAUAGAGACCCAGGUGUCUGGGGCAGUUUACCAAGGACAGUUAAGAAGUGAAAUUGAUGAAGACAUCCAGCCACAGGGGCGAGGGAACCAGAACAAGGUUGAAGAUGAGGAUGCUGCAGCUGUCAAGGAUGUAGGGAGCCAGAGAAAACACAGAGCUGAGGAUUUUGGAGGACCUCAAGUAUCAAGAAGAGCAAACAAGAACCAGGUUACAGGAAAGGAUGUUGCUAAGGCACAUCUCCAAGUUGACCCUUCUGGGGGUGAGGGGGCUACAGGCAAGAAUCUCAGUCUGGCAUGGACCCCAGCCCUCCCUGGCUUUGGUUAUAGGGCCAUGAAACAGAAACAGGGAGUGGCUGUGAACAAUUCAGCCUCUGCUCUCUGUCUUGAGACAAGGCUCCUUUCCCACCACAGUGAGGUCUUCCUGCUGGCCAGUGGGGGAAGAAAGCAUUUGGCCGGCCAGGGCGUGGCCCCUGCCAGAAAGUACAGAGUAGGGGUCUCUCCAGCAUCCCAGCAGGCUCGACCUGGAUCCCAGAGAGGCACACGAAAGGACAAAGUUGUGCAUCCAGGGAAGGCCUCCAGCCUGACUUGCCAGCUCUGGAACCCACAGUCUCUAGCUGCUCCCCUCAGCCAGCCCUCUGCCUGCCACUCUGUCUUGUGUAGCUCAGCCCCCCAAGCUGCCACAGCUCUGGUGGAUGCUCCCAUUGCCCUCAACUUCCUGCCCAAGUGGCCAGCCCUCAAGAAGAGCAAACAACUGCUGCUGGAGUCCCUCAUGCGGCGGAAGAUUGCACACCUGAAAUGGGGUCUCCCCCAGAGGAUUCUGGAGUCCUAUUUGCUCUUUACCUUCUUAGAACCGUCAUCCGUUGUUGGAGUGAGGCUCCCUGGAUCAUACACAAGUCAUGAGCUCCAAGGGCAGCAAGAAAGGCAUUGUGAGGCCAAGGGCUCCAGACCAGGCAUUAAGCCCCCAGAGAAACCCCGGAGAAAGAGUUCAAAACUUCCUACUGAUGCUAGAGUCCUGGAGAAGUGUGGACCCCAUGGGACAGAGCCACUGGGCAGUUCCACCCACCCUAUAAAGCCUAGGAGGUCUAGGCCACCAGGGGGCACCAGAGAACCACAAGUUAUCCAGGAGGAGCCUCCUAGGGCCCCGUUGCCUGCCCCCAGGAACCCCGGGCCUGCAGCAGAGUCUAAGGCUGGAAGACCUUCUGGUGAGAACAGCAGGGGCAGGAAAAUGGUCAGCCCGGGGGUCUCUCUGAUGGCAGAGAUGUCUCCCAGUGGAGCAGGGACCUCAGGCUCCAGGGCAGGCCAUGAUCACAGGAGGAAGGAGUGCCCCCCCUGGGAGGCCUCUAAGUCCCCUGGACGCAAAUUUCAGCAGCUCACACACUGGAGAAGAGGAAGCCUGGAGCCCCUGGAAGGCGAAGGGGCUGGGCAGUGGCCGCCGUCUUGUUCCAUAGACUCCUCCAGCUUUAAAGGGAGUUUCCACUCUGCUGCAGUGAAGUUGAGCAUGACCCUUCUGAACAAAAUGUCCUGGUCCCCACAGAUGGCCAAGCCCCAGCACUCCGCCCUAAACCUGGGCCUGCAGGAUCCUGAUCCUACCCAGUUUCCCAGGGUAGAAGAUCCACAUGCCAGCGAGGGUGGCACUGGGUUCAGCACUUCUUCUUUGGAGAAGGACCUUGAACCAUCUGGUUACUGUGGUGCUGGGGCUGCUCUGCCCACGACAGAGAGCCCCCGUGAUCCGAGAGCACCUGGGAACCCUAAGGAGACCCCACAGAGUCCACCAGCCCCUAAAAAGUUUGGUUUUAUGAAGCGUUUGAAGUGUUUUCUCCAGCGUGGCUUUAGAAAGUAG